UAUCUCGAUCGAAAUACCAGACGGUGGAUUAAUUAGUACGGUUUCUCAGUUUCUCCCCUCCUCUCCAGUCCACACGGUUAAAGAUUUAAGGAAUUGAAACAGAGGGCGGAGAAGAAGAAGCAGAAGCAGCAGCAGCAGCAGCAGCAUCGUCGCAACCUCCUCUCCCCGUAUCCGUACCUACCUCAAAAAAUUAAUACGAAGAAGUAGAGGUCCUAGUGGAAGAGGAGCAACGCAGACGAAGAAGAGGGACGAAGUUUAGAUCAAUCAUCAGUCGAAAGUCGAAACCCUAGGUGGACCGAUCGAUCGAUCGAUCGAUCGAUCUCUGCCUCCGCCGCGAUGGCGGUGUUCAAGACGCCGUUCAACGGGUACGCGGUGCGGUUCAGCCCCUUCCACGAGCGUCGGGUGCUGGUGGGCACCUCGCAGAACUUCGGCAUCCUCGGCAACGGGCGGCUCCACGUGCUCGACCUGCCCCCUCCCGGCGGCAGCGGCGGCGGCCUCCUGCUCCCGGUGUGCGCCUUCGACACCGCCGACGCCAUCUACGACUGCGCCUGGUCGGAGUCGCACGAGUCCCUGGCCGUGGCCGCCGUGGCCGACGGGUCCGUGAAGCUGUUCGACGCGUCCCUCCCGGCGUCGUCGAACCCGCUCCGCUCCCUGCACGAGCACUCCCGCGAGGUGCACUCCGUGGACUGGAACCCCCUCCGCCGCGACUCCUUCCUCACGGCCUCCUGGGACGACUCCGUCAAGCUCUGGUCCCUCGACCGCCCGGCCUCCCUCCGCACCUUCCGCGAGCACGCCUACUGCGUCUACUCCGCCGCCUGGAGCGCCCGCCACGCCGACGUCUUCGCCUCCGCCUCCGGCGACCGCACCGUCCGCGUCUGGGACGUCCGCGACCCAGCCUCCAGCCUCGUCAUCCCCGCCCACGACCACGAGGUCCUCUCCUGCGACUGGAACAAGUACGACGAGUGCUCCCUCGCCACCGCCUCCGUCGACAAGUCCGUCCGCGUCUGGGACGUCCGCGCCCCGCGCGCCCCCCUCGCCGCCCUCGCCGGCCACGCCUACGCCGUCCGCCGCGUCAGGUUCUCCCCCCACCGCGAGAGCCUCCUCAUGUCCUGCUCCUACGACAUGACCGUGCGCCUCUGGGACUACCGCGCCGACGACGCCCUCCUCGCCGCCUACGACCACCACUCCGAGUUCGUCCUCGGCAUCGACAUGAGCGCCCUCGUCGACGGCCUCCUCGCCAGCGCCGGCUGGGACGAGCUCGUCUACGUCUGGCCCCACGGCACCGAUCCCCGGGCGGUCAUGCCCUAAUUACCUCCUCCUCCUCCUCCUCCUCCUCCUCCUCGUAGUAAUCAGAAAAAAACAAAGAAAAGUUAUCACGCAAUUCAAGAUUAAUUGUUAUUUCUACUACUCUACUCUCCUUUCAGUAGUAGUGAAGGAGAAAUCUGCAUGAAAAGGGAACAGAGCGAUCCUGCUCGGGUAUGCUCUUCUUUCUUGCCCUAAUAAUAAUAAUAUCAUCAUCAUCAGCGAACUGUGUGAUAUGCCUA